CUGGCUUAACUCGGUACCCGCCUUCUCUUAUCUUAAACCUCACUAGGACACUCUGUCAAAACCCAAAUUUUUCUCAGAAAUGACUUCACUUUCUCUCCAACCCAAGUUUUCUAUCUAUCCAAACAACCCAAUUCUCCAUUUCCAACCUCGAAACAAUCCUCAAAUAGUAUUCUUCGCCAGAAGAACAAAAAUAAGGAUAAAAUGCUCUUCUAUAGACCCACAACAACAACAAAACCAACAAAGAAGUUACUCCAAGAGGAAGAAAAGUGUGGCCGAAAGUGAGAAAGGAGUCGACCCAGUUGGGUUUUUGACAAAACUAGGAAUUACCCACAAGGCCUUUGCUCAGUUUCUUCGUGAAAGGCAUAAAUCGUUGAAGGAUCUUAAAGCUGAAAUCUUUACACGCCACCUCAAUCUUCAGGAAAUGGCGUCUGGAUUUGAGAUAUUGGGUAUGCAUCGUCACAAGGAGCAUAGGGUGGAUUUUAUGGACUGGGCUCCAGGUGCCCGCUAUUGUGCACUAGUUGCCGACUUCAACGGGUGGUCACCAACAGAGAAUGCUGCAAGGGAGGGUCAUUUUGGCCAUGAUGAUUAUGGAUACUGGUUUAUAAUUAUUGAAGAUAAAUUAAGGGAAGGAGAAGAACCAGAUGGACUGUAUUUUCAGCAAUAUAACUAUAUUGAUGAUUACGAUAAAGGAGAUAGUGGUGUUUCCAUUGAUGACGUUUUUAAGAAAGCAAAUGAUGAGUACUGGGAACCUGGAGAGGACCGCUUUAUUAAGAACCGUUUUGAAUUGCCAGCUAAGUUGUAUGAGCGAAUAUUUGGCCCUAACGGACCUCAAACCAUGGAGGAGUUUGAAGAAAUACCAGAUGCAGAAACCAGAUAUAAGGCAUGGAAAAAACAGCAUAAAGAUGACCCAUCUAGUAACUUACCUCCAUUUGAUGUAAUUGAUAAUGGAAAAGAAUAUGAUAUUUUCAAUAUUGUGGCUGAUCCUGCAUGGCAAGAGAAAUUCCGAGCUAAGAAGCCUCCCUUACCGUACUGGAUAGAGACACGCAAAGGAAGGAAGGCGUGGUUGAAAAAGUACACUCCAGCUAUUCCUCAUGGAAGCAAGUACAGGGUGUAUUUCAAUACUCCUGACGGGCCCUUGGAACGGGUACCUGCUUGGGCUACUUUUGUACAACCAGAUGCAGAGGGACAACAAGGUUAUGCAAUUCACUGGGAACCACCCCCUGAAUGCAUAUACAAGUGGAAAAACAUAGCCCCAAAAGUGCCAAAGUCUUUGCGCAUUUACGAAUGCCAUGUUGGAAUUGGUGGAUCAGAGCCCAAAAUAUCUUCUUUCAAUGAUUUUACAGAGAAGGUUCUUCCUCACGUAAAGGAAGCUGGAUAUAAUGCAAUCCAGUUUUUUGGAAUCGUUGAACAUAAAGAUUAUUUCAGUGUUGGUUAUAGAGUCACUAACUUUUUUGCUGUUAGCAGCCGAUAUGGCACACCAGAGGAGUUCAAGUGUUUGGUUGAUGAAGCACAUGGACUAGGUCUGCUGGUCUUUUUAGACAUAGUGCAUUCCUACUCAGCUGCAGAUGAGAUGGUUGGACUAUCACGUUUUGAUGGAUCAAAUGAUUGUUACUUUCAUAGUGGUAAACGAGGACAUCACAGACACUGGGGCACCCGAAUGUUUAAAUACGGCGAUCUAGAUGUAUUGCAUUUUCUCCUCUCAAAUUUGAACUGGUGGAUUUCAGAGUAUAAGAUUGAUGGUUUUCAGUUCCAUUCACUUGCAUCAAUGCUGUAUACACACAAUGGCUUUGCUUCAUUUACUGGUGACUUGGAGGAGUACUGCAAUCAAUACGUUGACAAAGAUGCUUUAAUGUACCUCAUUUUGGCAAAUGAGAUACUGCAUGCUCUUCAUCCUAAUAUAAUAACAAUUGCUGAAGAUGCAACGUUUUACCCUGGAUUAUGUGAACCAACUUCUCAGGGUGGACUGGGAUUUGAUUAUUAUGUCAAUCUCUCUGCAUCAGAGAUGUGGUCGUCUUUGCUUGAGAGCACUCCUGACCAUGAGUGGAGCAUGAGCAAGAUAAUUAGCACGUUGCUAGGCAAUAGACAUUAUGCAGAUAAAAUGCUCAUCUAUGCCGAAAAUCACAGCCAAUCCAUAUCUGGAGGGCAGUCAUUGGCAGAGAUAUUAUUGGGUCAAGGGAAUGAACAAGCUCCUCACUCAGAGGAAUUAUUGCUUAGAGGAUCUUCACUAAACAAGAUGAUCAAACUGAUUACAUUCACAGUUGGUGGCUGUGGUUAUCUGAACUUUAUGGGGAACGAAUUUGGGCAUCCAAAGAGGGUUGAGUUCCCAAUGCCAAGCAACAAGUUCUCGUUUUCACUAGCUAACCGAUGCUGGGAUCUUCUAGAAAAUGAAGGAGUAUAUCGUGAUUUAUUUUGCUUUGAUAAGGACCUGAUGAAGUUGGACGAAAAUGAAAGGGUACUUUCAAGAGGUUUGCCCAACAUUCACCAUGUGAAUGACACUAAUAUGGUAAUAUCCUACAUACGAGGUCCUCUUCUCUUCAUAUUCAACUUUCAUCCCACAACUUCUUAUGAAAGAUAUUGUGUGGGUGUGGAUGAAGCUGGAGAGUAUCAGGUCAUACUGAACACUGAUGAAAGAAAAUAUGGAGGUCAAGGGAUCAUAAAGGAGGAACAAUAUCUUCAACGAACCAUUAGCAGAAGGGUUGACGGUCUACGAAACUGCAUAGAGGUUCCACUGCCUAGUAGGACUGCACAGGUGUAUAAACUGAGUCGAAUUUUAAGAAUGUGAGGACAUUUUGCACUCUCAAAGAAGCUUACUCAACAGCAUUUCAAUGAACCAGAACUGGUUCCAACAGCAAAAGUUGCAGUUGAAGUUUAUAUGUUGGCAACCAUUCCCAGAAACACAUGGCUACUAACUACCUAGAAGCGUGAUCAUGUUGAUCUGGAAUGUAAGAAGAACUACCUUCGACGUCGUCGGAACAAUCAAACUGAACAAUCUGGGAACCUUAAUUCAGCUGAAACAUUUUCCAUUUUUGUCCUAAUGCUCCAAUUCAACCAGCAAUGGAUUUGUUUGUAUGUAUAUAUACACAUACACAUGCAUUGUUUAGUAUCCUAGCUAAAAUUGGUGAAGCGCUA